AUGCACUCGCGUCGACCCGAGACCUUGAAGAUUGACAUCUCCAAGUAUAGGGGAGUCGAAGAGGACUCCCUCUUGAGAUGGUUCUUCGAAUUGGAUGGCGCCAUAAGGGCGCGUCGCAUCGACGACGGGGAUAUGCAAGUUGCAUGUGCCCAGUCAAAUAUGGCAGGAAGUGCCAAGACUUGGGCUUUGGGGCUCAAGUUGCACGACCCAUAUGCGUUUGGGUCGUUGGAAGUCUUCAAGUCGCGGCUCAGACAAACGUUUGAACCGCCUAGAGCUGAGUUCAGAGCUCGAACCGAACUCUUGAAGCUCAAGCAGGGUAAGCGUGAUGUGCACGCUUACGCGCAACAUAUACGACAUCUUGCGAGUUGUAUAAGUUCCAAUCCGGUGGAUGAACACACGCUGGUUUCGGUGUUCAUGCAGGGUCUUGCGGAUGGUCCCAUCAAGACUCACCUGUUCCGGCUUGAACUAGAUUCACUAGAACAAGCCAUAUCCAUUGCGGAACAGGAAGAAUUCAGUCUGAGACAGGCUCGCGCCAUCUCGACAUCAUAUCUUCCACCGAGACGAUAUGACAGCGGAGUUCCAGAGCCGAUGGAACUCUGUUAUGUAGAGAGCGAGAAGGCUCGCUCUACAGACUACAAGAAGUUGCAGAGAUGCAACAGAUGUCAAAAGACAGGACACUACGCUUACGAGUGUAGUGCCCCUCGUCCAGUGUCUCGCAACACUGAGCGUAGUGACCGUCCACCCAUGAGAAAGGGGCAGGGACGCGGGUCCGCUGUUGGUGCAAAGACGCAACAACGGGAUGGACCGUAA